AUGUCUUCCUUCGCAUCCUCUUUGAAAGACCCUAGCCUCUUUGUCGAGAAGUCGUACAUCAACGGUCAAUGGACGUCGUCAGAUUCUGGUAAAACCUUUCAGGUCACCAACCCGGCAACAGAGGAGCUCAUCGGCACAUGUCCUGAGUCAACCAUCGGCGACCUCAACAAUGCCAUUGAUGCCGCAGCCAAGGCAUUCCCUGAAUGGAAAGCAUUAUCCGGCCGUCAACGAAGCCGUAUCAUCGGGCGCAUCUUCGACCUCUUAGUUGACAACCAAGCAGAUCUCGGCAAGAUCAUCACCGCCGAGAAUGGCAAAGCAAAAGCGGAUGCCGAGGGCGAGGUGAUGUUUGGAGCAAGCUUCUUCGAGUGGUACGGCGAAGAGGCCGCUCGGAUCUACGGAGACAUCAUUCCCCACAGCAACCCGAAUUACAGGACCCGGGUCAUCAAAGAACCUGUCGGCGUCUGUGGCUUGAUCGUGCCUUGGAAUUUCCCUCUAGCGAUGGGCGCUCGCAAGGUGUCAGCAGCUCUUGCAGCUGGGUGCACUGUUGUCAUGAAGUCUGAUGGACUUACACCGUUCUCUUCAAACGCGCUAGCUGUGCUUUGCGAGAGGGCUGGCGUACCUCCUGGAGUCUUCAACGUUGUCACUGCACUAGAAAACACACCUCAUCUUGGGCUUGCUCUAUGUGAGUCAGACGUCGUGAAGAAGAUAUCUUUCACGGGCUCGACAAGAGUUGGCAAGUUGUUGAUGCAGCAGUCAAGCAACACCCUCAAGAAAUUGAGCCUUGAGCUAGGAGGCAACGCGCCCUUCAUCGUGUUUGAUGAUGCAGACAUGGACAUCGCAAUUUCCAGCGUUCUUGUAUCCAAGUUCAAGGUCACUGGCCAAACGUGCGUGUGCGCCAAUCGGAUUUUCGUGCAGGAGGGCAUUUAUGACAGGUUUAGUCAGAGGCUGGUGGAGGAAGUCAGAAAGUUCCGAGUUGGCAAUGGCACAGACGCGUUGGUCACCCACGGACCCUUGACCAACGGCGUUGGCAAGGUUGAGGAGCAUAUCAAGGACGCCGUCGCCAAGAACGCAAAGAUCUUGCUAGGCGGCAACCGAUUACCAUCAGCCGGCAAGAACUUUUAUGAGCUCACCAUCCUCGGAGACGUCGACGACUCGAUGACAGUGACACAAGAAGAGACGUUUGUCGGACUGGCAUCAUAUGUCAUCACGAACGACCUAGCCAGGUCAACCCGAGUAUCAGAGCUCCUAGAGUUCGGUAUGGUUGCCAUCAACACUGGUGUCAUCUCAGAUGCUUCUGCGCCGUUUGGAGGUGUCAAACAUUCUGGCUUUGGCCGGGAAGGCAGCAAAUAUGGACUCGAGGACUACUUGACGAUCAAGAUGAUCGUGAUCGGCGGCAUUAGCACGCGUCUAUAG